AUGGUUACUUCCACAAUCGUACAGUACAAGGACCCCAGUCCAUUGCAUGAUAGUAUGGGACAAACAGCUUUACACCUGGCCGCGUCACGUGGUAGUAUGGAUCUUCUACGUCUACUGGUGGAGAAGAGCGCUGGUAUAAACCUACAGGAUCAGGAUGGGAAAACACCUUUACACGUCGCGUCAUUACGUGGUAACGUGGACAUUGUUCGUAUUCUUGUGGAGCGGGAUGCUGAUCUCAACGUACAGAACAAGGAUGGGAAAACACCUUUACACGUCGCGUCAUCACGAGGUCACGUGGGCAUUGUUCGUAUUCUUGCGGAGCGCGAUGCUGAUGUCAACGUACAGAACAAGGAUGGGAAAACACCUUUACACGUCGCGUCAUCACGUGGUAACGUGGGCAUUGUUCGUAUUCUUGUGGAGCGGGAUGCUGAUGUCAACGUACAGAAUAAGCGAGCAUUCUAA